AUGAAGAAUGAAGGCCGAUGGACCGCGAACCGGUACGACUUCAUCGAGCUUUUGGAGCGAGAUUGGGGUGACAGACUGGAUUACUGCCACCGCUGCGACAUCCUUCAUCCCCCUCUACAACCACCAAGAAACCACCGAGGCACAAAACUGACUAAGCGGUGUUUUGGACAAAAUGCAAUGAUCGACUACCUCCCUCAAGAUGCGUCGCAGGGAUACAACCCAGUGCUGAUACACAUCACCAACGCCAUAGAGGAAACCAAAGAUUUUGCUUCGAAGGGCGAUGUCGGACCACUUCUUGACACACUAUCUGGUAGUUUUGAGAUUAUGAAGAAGGAUUUAUCCUGGUGCCUUGACUCGACCGGCCGGCGUAUCGACGGCAAUCUGGUGCUCAAGCAUGUGCACACCUUCCGGAGUCGAACGAGCAAGCGCAUCAGCGCGACGGAUCUGCUUACUCUACCUAUCCGUCUCUGCCCUCACCAGUCCACCGCUACAAACACACCCGAAUCAUCCUGGUACAUCAAUGGUCGAAGUGCAGAGCAGAAUGGUCGCUUGCUGACACACGUCAUCGCCUCUGCAUUUCCAGAAUCGGAUCAGUCGCGAGUUGACCUAAGUACUUUCGGACCCCUGACGCCGUCAGAGCAAGCGCAGGUAUCCGCUUCCAAAGCCGGAGAGAAGAUAUACUGGCAGUGUCGAUCGUGUCCGACGAAGUAUCGUGUGCAGCGAUGCCGGAAUACAUUUGUGAUCACGAGCUGGCAUAGCUUUGGGAGGGAUAUGUACCAUGCGAUGAAAUACUGGAAGUGGUUGGUCAGACGGACCGGCACUACGCUGGGCCCAGACAAGAGGAACGACGAGUGGUGGAGUCCGUCGCGGACGGUGCCGGAUUUCAUGUGCGAACUCGAAUGA